AAUAAAUUACACAAUGGAUCGAUUCUUUCAGAGUCCCAAUAGAGGAGAAGAUGCUAGAAGUAUCCCAGCAUUUUUCGAAUCCUCUUUCAAUUCCAGGUUGACCAGUAACAAAACUUUGAAUCAGACCAAAGAGAGUAAUCUCAGUGAUAUCAAGGCUAAAGGUAGAGCAGCCAAGGUCUAUAAUUUCUUUAAAGGGAUUAGGCAGAAAAAGGGUGCGCAGACUGAUAAGGCCAUGGGAAGGAAGGCAGAAGGACUGAGACAGAGCAAAAUUGAAGUCGGAGAGAAUAAAGCAUAUAAAGAGAUAGCUAAAUAACUGAUUCAGAAUCUUUGUUCUAAUUUCUUCCAAACUUAAGACAGACAACUCUCAUCCAAACAGAGAAGGUUAUCUAAAAUCCUUCCACAGACUAAUAAACUUCUUCAAAGAAGUUAGCCACCCUCACCUUGCUGAAACCCAACCUGGAGGCUGGCCCCAGGUCAGUCAGAUCCUCACAAAGGUAGCUCAGACUACAUCUCUUCUAUCUGAAGGAUCUGAAGUAGAAGCUGAUCUAAGCAGCUACUUCACCCAACUCUGCCCAAGAUGGAACAGAUGCACUGGUCUCCUCAACCUAGACAAAGGAUGUAAACAUGCUCAUGAUGCCCAUGAGCUCAGAGAGUGGGACGAUCCGCUUCCAAUAGGAGGGGUCAUCACCAAACUCAAAGAAAGAAUUAGCAUAUUAGGUCUAAUUUUGAAUCAUCUUUCAGUUCUACCUUUUAGUUCCAUCUCAUCUUAAUUUUUAGACAGCCUUUCAGG